AUGGGAGAUCAGGAGGAGCACAAAAGGGCUGAGGGUGAAACUCCCUCUGUGUCCGCAAUACCGCCAACAGCAGAAGAAGUCCCGGCGGUUGUUAAGAACGAAGGAGAAAAUCAUGCCACUGAAGACAAGAGUGUGAUCCCAAUUCCUGAAGAGACGGCAUCUCCUCCUCCUGCUGCUCCUGCUGCAGCAGCUGUCAAAGAGAUUGCAAACCCCGCAGUAAAGAAAGGUGUAGGGAGUUCAACUGACAGAGAUGUAUUAUUUGCAAAAAUCGAAAUGGAGAAAAGGCUGGCCUUAAUUAAAGCAUGGGAAGAAAGUGAGAAGACAAAAGCAGAGAACAAGGCAUGCAGAAGGAUGUCAAUAGUAGAAUUAUGGGAAAACAACAAGAGAACCAAUGUAGAGGCAGAACUCAGAAAAAUUGAGGAAAAAUAUGAAAAAAAGAAGGCAGGGUAUGCUGAGAAAAUGAAGAACAAAGUUGCUGAAAUACAUAAAACAGGAGAAGAAAGGAAAGCUAUCAUUGAAGCCAAGAAAAAAGAGCAAUCCCUGAAGGUGGAGGAGACAGCUGCGAAGUUUCGUUCGACUGGAAAUACACCAAAGAAAUUGCUGUUGUGGUGCUGCGUCUGUCAGCAUUCUGCAGUCAAAUAA